GUUGAUUUAUUUUAACUCCUCUUAGUAAUAAAAUCGGCAGAUAAAUAGUAAGCACCUUUGGUUAGGUCGAGUUGCACGUCAUCUUCACUGUCAUGUCGAUUUCUAAGAGUGCGUCCAGUUCGUGAAUUUCUCCCUCUAAUCAUCCAGCUUGCCAUCGCCAUCUUUUCGUAACAUUUUUUAUUCGUAGAUUAACUUUUGUUUUACACUGCACACUGCCACGCUCCCUCACGCUUCGCAAUCUUUCAUUGCAUUCACUACUGUUCAACGCAAAACGCAGUCGUUCGGAAUAGGUGGAAUAGGCAGAGGGAAUAGGUUCCGAGAGCAGCGAAUGCCAGCGCUGUCGAAUCAAGUGAUCUGCAAGUGAUCGUGGGCUAGGUAUCGGCGGAAUAACGGGAAUCGUCCAAACAUGGCAUCUUCAACAUCAGUGACAACAGAUGACGAUGAAUUGACCUUACCAAGAGCUUCGAUAAACAAGAUGAUAAAAGAAAUUUUGCCAAAUAUCAGAGUUGCUAAUGAAUCACGUGAACUCAUUUUGAAUUGCUGCACAGAGUUCAUUCAUUUGCUUUCAUCUGAAGCAAAUGAUAUUUGCAAUACACAGCAGAAAAAGACUAUUAAUGCAGAACAUGUUUUACAAGCAUUGGAUCGACUUGGAUUUGGAGACUACAGAGCUGAUGCAGAAGCUGUAUUGCGAGAUUGUAAAGCAGCUGCUGCAAAGCGAAGGCGUCAAAGUAUGCGCUUGGAAAACCUAGGCAUUCCAGAAGAAGAGCUGUUACGACAGCAACAAGAAUUAUUUGCUAAGGCACGUGAAGAACAAGCUGCUGCAGAACAGCAACAAUGGCAGCAGCUGCAAGAAGCCGCGCAAAUGGUCUCAAUGCAACAAAAUAAUGAAGAUCCUGAUCAGGAUGAUUAUUCUUAGGAAAACCUAAAUGGCCUUUACAAAUUUUGUAUUAAUUUUUCUAUAUGGUUUAAUUACUUGCUGUAUAUAAAUAAAGUAAAAUGAAAAUUUCAAAUAC